UACCGCCUCGCCGUCAGUGCCCUCCGGGGUGCCAACGAGAGCCGGCCGGCCCUCGCCCAGUUCACCACAGAGAUCGAUGCCCCCAAGAACCUACGGGUGGGCUCGCGGACGCCCGCCAGCCUCGAGCUCGCCUGGGACAACAGCGAGGCCGAGGCGCACAGCUACAGGGUGGUCUACAGCACCCUGGCCGGGGAGCACUACCACGAAGUCGUGGUGCCGCGGGACACCGGUCCCACCACCCGGGCCACCCUGGCAGAUCUGGUGCCGGGGACAGAGUACGGCAUUGGGAUUUCGGCCGUGAUGGACAGCCAGCAGAGCGUGCCGGCAACCAUGAAUGCCAGGACUGAGCUUGAUAGCCCCCGGGACCUCCUGGUGACGGCCUCCACAGAGACGUCCAUCUCGCUGACCUGGACCAAAGCCACAGGUCCCAUCGACCACUACCGCGUCAUCUUCACCCCUGCCUCGGGGAUGGCCUCCGAAGUGACGGUGCCCCGAGAUGAAUCACAGCUCACCCUCUCGGAGCUGGAGCCCGGGACGGAGUACACCAUCUCCAUCAUCGCAGAGAGGGGACGCCAACAGAGCCUGGAGGCCACCGUGGAUGCCUUCACAGGGGUCCGGCCCAUCACGCAGCUCCACUUCUCCCAGCUGACGUCUUCCAGCGUGAACGUCACGUGGAGUGAUCCAUCCCCGCCAGCAGACCGCCUCGUCCUCACCUACAGCCCCCGGGACGAGGAGGAGGCACAGCAGCUCACGCUCGACGGCACCCGCAGGCACGCCAGCCUGACGGGCUUGCAGCCAUCCACCGAGUACCUGGUGUCACUGGUGGCCAUGCACGGUGCCAUCAGCUCCGAGCCUGUCGUGGGCUCCAUCUCACCAGGGAUCGAUGCGCCGAAGGACCUCAGGGUGGGAAACAUCACCCAGGAGUCCAUGAUCGUCUACUGGAGCCCUCCCAUCGCUGCCUUUGACCACUAUAGAAUAUCCUACCGUGCCGCCGAAGGGAGGACAGACAGCACCGCCAUCGCCAGCGAUGCCACCGAGUACGCCCUCCGCCGCCUGCAGCCCGCCACCAAGUACGAGAUCGGGGUGAAGAGCAUGCGGGGCCGGGAGGAGAGCGAGGUGGCCUCUAUCACUGUGCACACAGCCAUGGAUGCCCCCUUGGGGGUCACAGCCACCAACGUCACCCCCACCGAGGCACUGCUGCAGUGGAAUCCGCCGCUGUCAGAUGUGGAGAGCUACAUCCUCGUCCUCACCCGCCGCGCAGUUGCAGGAGAAACAAUUCUCGUGGAUGGAGUCAACCAGGAGUACCAGCUGACCAACCUCCUGCCCAGUACCACCUACACAGUCUCCAUGUACGCCACCAACGGGCCUCUCACCAGCCAGACCAUCAGCACCAACUUUACGACUCUUUUGGAUCCUCCAACAAAUCUGACCGCCAGCGAAGUCACUCGGCGGAGUGCCCUGCUCUCCUGGGUGCCUCCCGUGGGAGAGAUCGAGAACUACAUCAUGACCUACAGAUCCACUGAUGGCAGCCGGAAGGAGCUGAUUGUGGAUGCCGAGGACACGUGGAUCCGCCUGGAGGGGCUUUCUGAGACCACAGAGUACACCGUGCGCCUGCAAGCUGCCCAAAACGCCAUGCGGAGCGGCUUCAUCUCCACCACCUUCACCACAGGUGGCCGUGUCUUUGCUAACCCUCAGGACUGCGCCCAGCACCUGAUGAACGGAGACACGCUGAGCGGCGUCUACACCAUCUCCAUCAACGGGGACCUCAGCCAGCGAGUGCAGGUGUACUGCGACAUGACCACCGACGGAGGCGGCUGGAUUGUCUUCCAGAGGCGGCAGAACGGGCUGACUGAUUUCUUCCGGAAAUGGGCAGAUUACAGGAUUGGCUUUGGAAACUUGGAAGAUGAGUUUUGGCUGGGCUUGGACAACAUUCACAAGAUCACGUCCCAGGGGCGCUACGAGUUGCGAAUAGACAUGAGGGACGGCCAGGAAGCGGCGUACGCCUACUAUGACAAGUUCUCCAUCGGCGACUCCCGGAGCCUGUACAAGCUGCGAAUCGGGGACUACAAUGGCACUUCAGGGGACUCCCUCAGCUAUCACCAGGGCCGCCCCUUCUCCACCAAGGACAGGGACAACGAUGUCGCUGUGACCAACUGCGCCAUGUCCUAUAAAGGGGCCUGGUGGUAUAAGAACUGUCACCGCACCAACCUCAACGGCAAGUACGGAGAGUCCCGCCACAGUCAGGGGAUUAACUGGUACCAUUGGAAAGGCCACGAGUUCUCCAUCCCCUUCGUGGAAAUGAAGAUGCGACCUUACAACCACCGUAAUGUCUCUGGGAGGAAGCGACGGUCCCUACAGCUCUGA